AUGUUUAACUGGACCAUGACGUACAGGAGGGACUCCGAUGUGUACUUGCCCUACGGCAGGAUUACACCUCGCUUAUUGACAAAUGCUACACUCGCUAAGAGAGACCUGAAAACCCUCUGGAAGUCGAAGAACAAGACUGCCGUGUGGUUGGUCAGUAACUGCGUCACCUCAGGCGGACGGGAAAGCUUCGUUUCCGAAUUGAGGAGACACGCGGACGUUGACGUCUACGGCCUCUGCGGCGACUACAAGUGCCCCGCGUCGCGUAACGAUUCCUGUUACCGUGACUUCCAGCAGACCUAUUUUUUCGCACUUGCUUUCGAGAACUCGAUAUGCGAAGAUUACGUCACCGAGAAGUUUUUCAACGCACUCAGGCACGACAUCAUACCAGUCGUGUUCGGCGGCGCAAAGUACAGCGAAAUAGCGCCGCCACAUUCCUACAUCAACGCCCUUUCCUUCCGAUCUCCCGAGCAUCUGGCCAAGUACCUCGUAAGACUGUCGAAAAAUUACACGGAGUACGCCGCUUACUUCGCCUGGAAAGAGCACUUCGACGUUGAUGCCGAUGGGGGAUUCUGCGAGCUCUGUAAAAAGUUACACAUCGAUCGUCAAGAGACGUCCAUGUACGAAGAUGUAAGAUCGUGGUGGUUUGGAAAGGGCGGGCGGUGCACGAGUUGGCCUCUUGUAGAAUUGAACCUUCCACAAGUGAUCUUACGUACACAAGACGGCUACAGUGGCACGCACACGGCUAAUAACAGUGCCAGCAAAACCUAUCUGUCGGCAUGA